GACGCAUGACGCGGGUCUUCUAAGCCGCCCUGCCCAGGUCGAACAGGGUUGCUGUUUAUGCUCAGCCUUUUUGAUUGGACUUUCUUGAAUAGUCGCCAAAAAUAUCGUAUCCUCACUCCGCAACUGAGACGAAGCGCGAAACGAUUAUCGUUGUUGCCAACAUGGCGGCGUCGCCUCCUGGAUCUCCUGUGCCGGCGCGACCGAUGAGCGCUAUGGUGAAGCCAUCACCCAGGAGUAACAGCCGGUUGAGCAUGACAAGUAAGGCUGGUGGUGGGAGUAGAGCCUCUGAUGACGAUGGCGGCCGUACUGCAGUCAAAGUUGCUGUUCGUGUGCGACCACCAUUAAAACCCACCGAUCCGGGUUUCGACCUCAUUCCUCAGCGAUUUCAAAGAUCUAUGGUCCAAACUACUUCAGACACAACUGUAGUAAUCGAGUCACCACAGGGUAAAAAAGAAUUCGUCUUUGAUCGUGUCUUUAGCCCUAAGGUCGGUCAAGACGGCAUCUGGAAUUAUCUCAACGAGAGUAUCAACGCCUUUUUGCAAGGAUAUAAUGUUUCUUUACUAGCCUAUGGCCAGUCCGGUGCAGGAAAGUCUUAUACAAUGGGUACCUCGGGCCCUUCCGAACAAGGCGACCUUGAUUCUAUGGGUGUUAUUCCGCGCGCUGCUACAGAGUUGUUUGAAAAGCUCGAGGGUUCAACUACGACUUCGCGAAAUCUCAACCGGGGCUCCAUGUCUCAGCUUCGAACGCCUGCACGAUACUCUAUGCAGGCCCCCGCAUCGAAACCCGUUGACAAGAACUGGCAGCUCAAGGCCACAUAUGUAGAAAUAUACAAUGAACAGUUACGCGAUUUGCUUCUCCCUGACACCGUCGGGCCACAUGAAAGGAAUACGGUUACUAUUCGUGAGGAUACCAAGGGUCAUAUUAUCCUCACGGGACUGCGCCAAGUCGAUAUUCAUUCGGCUGAUGAUUUGAUGAAUAUUCUCAACUUUGGAUCCACCAUUCGGCAGACUGAUGCGACGGCCGUUAAUGCGAAAUCGUCACGUUCUCAUGCCGUGUUUACCUUGAACUUGAUUCAACGCAAACCAAAAGCUACUCCGGGUGUGGAGAAACGAUUCUCGGUACCAUUGGAGGCGAUGUCAGGUGGCGACGGUUGGGUUACAACGGACAGUAAGCUGCAUUUCGUCGAUUUAGCCGGCAGUGAACGUUUGAAGAAUACCGGCGCGCAGGGCGAACGAGCUCGGGAAGGAAUCUCCAUCAACGCAGGUCUUGCUGCACUAGGCAAGGUGAUCUCACAGCUUUCGUCCCGCCAGUCAGGAUCUCAUGUUUCAUACCGAGACUCGCGCUUAACACGGCUACUCCAGGACUCUCUAGGUGGUAACGCGAUUACUUAUAUGAUAGCUUGCGUGACCCCAGCAGAAUUCCACCUCAGUGAAACCUUGAAUACAGUGCAAUAUGCUCAAAGAGCCCGAGAUAUUCAGAGCAAGCCAAGAAUUCAACAAGUGGAAGAUGGAGAUAAGCAAGCGAUCAUUGAGCGUCUUAAGGCAGAGGUUGCCUUUUUGCGUGAACAGAUCCGGAGUUCGGAGCGUGGAGGGGGGGAGAGACGGAACGUGGUGGUUGGCGAGAGGUCCGAGCGACAAAACGAACGGGAAACCGAGCUGCAGAACCAAUUAUUGGAUAUACAGGAAAACUACAAUACGUUAGGCCAGCGUCAUGCAAAGCUCAUUGCGGAGAUGGCCAAAGCCCGGGAUAACGAAGCCGCAGAAAACCGGAAUAUGGAUGAAACUCUUGGUGACAGUGCGACCGAGCGUCUGAACCGAUCAAACUCCUUCGCACAGGCUGUUGAGCAAGUGGUCUUAGAAUACGAAAAGACGAUUCAAUCGCUUGAGCAGUCCCUUUCCAGUACCCGAGCCACCCUUUCAAAUACGGAAACUACUUUACUAGAGAAAGAAACGAAGUGCGCCUACGUUGAGACCAUCAACAAUCAGCUUACAGCUCGUGUGCAGAAAUUGAUGGAUCGAGAAGCUAACACUGAAAGCUACCUGCAUGAUCUUGAGAUUAAGCUCGACGGGCAAACUUCUGGCGAGGAGAAGAAUGUAGCUAUCAUUCAAGAGCUGCGCAAGGAAAUCGCUAGGAUUCGAGAGAAUGAAACAGCUUGCGAAGACUAUAUAUCAACAUUGGAGGAGCGCCUUGCAGAGUCUGAUCAAGACCAAGAGCUAAUGCAGCGCGAAAUGGACCGGCUUGAACAAAUCAUUGAACGUCAACGUAGUCUUGGGAAGCUCGACAAUUUACUAUACGAAUUAGAUCAUAUCAAAGAGGAUGAUAACCACCCCAAUACCGAAACCGAAGCCAAGCAGACACAAGGAAUGGGGCACCGCCGUACCUUCUCUGAGCGCUCUAGCAAGAGCCAUACAAGCCGCCCCAGUCAGAGUCUCCGUGAAGCGCUACCCAAAGUAGCCGAGGGAGUCGAGACCAAGGACGCGAUCGAAGAGGAAUCGACUGAAGCGGAACUAGCUAGGGCAACAAACGGAGAUGAGUCCGGCAAAACAACCGAAAAUGCAGAUUCAGAAUAUCCACCUCAAAGCCCAGCUCAAACCCAGUUCGUGAACGAUAAGCUUGAGACAGUUACCCAGGAGCUUGUUGACCUCCGAGUUGAGCACGAAUCUACACUCAACGAAUAUGAUUUACUCCAUGCUAAGUAUGAGGAAUCUUUAAGAGCCUUAGCUGAAUUACAAGAUCAAAUCGACGAAGCACGUCAUCCCAACAGACAGCGCGACUCAGUUUUAUCAGUCACUUCUCCAGAUCAGACAAGACCGCCGUCUUUUUUAUCCGAUUCGAAGUUCAGCGAUGGCAAAGACGAGACACAUUUAUCUUCGCAAUCGCUCUCCUCGGAGCUAUCCUCAGCUAUGGAAUCCCCUGCUACUACGGAUACUACCGAUACUGAAGGCCCUAUCGAAACUGUCACGGAAGGUCCAAAAGCAUCGGAGUCUAGCGAAACUCUAACUGUCGACACUUCAGUUAAAGACAACGCGGCCUUGGCUGAAGAGCUGAGCAAACUCAGGCUCCUCGCAAGCGAGAAAGAAGCUACUGAAAAGGAGCUUGCUGAGCGUUACGCUCAACUAGAAGAGCAACACCAAGAAACCUUGGAUGUAGUAGAGGAGCUCAAGACCGAGAUUGCGAAAGCCAGAUAUGCUGAUCCGCCGUCUCCGAGAACCGCUGCCACGCCUGUCAUUCGGCGAAAAUCGAGCCAGAACGUCAUGAUUAUUGAUCGUGCGCAUCGUUCUUUCGCUGCACUUCGAAACAUUGCUGCUGAAAACUUCGAACAAGAUCCUGAUACUAUGCAGAACUUUGAGGUUUACUUGAACUCCGCCAUGCACGAACUUCAUGCGAGGUCUGAGCGUAUUCAAGAGCUAGAAGCUGACGUUGCGAAUGCCAAGAAAGAGAUGGAAACUAAAAUGACAAUCAUUUCCGGCCUGACACGUGAACGCUCCAGUUUGAAAUCUAGUCCAAUGGAUAUCAGUGUCGUUGCGACGAUGAGAGAUCAAUUAGAGCAUAACGAACAGCAAUUCAAAAUAAUGCAGGAGGCCCAUGCUACCCGUGAGAAGGAACUUCAGGCCGAGGUCGAAGCCUUGCGUGCAGCAGCACAAGAAGCCACCGAGGCCAAAACUGCCUCUCCACCCGAAACCAUCAACGGCGAAACUCAUAUCGAGGAUCACACACUAGCUGCUACACAAGAGAGGAAAAUUACCCAACUUGAGGCUGAUCUUUCGGGUUGGGAAAGCAAACACCAAAGUGUUUUGGAGGCGAUGCAACUUGCGGAGAAGCGAAUGAAGGAGACGAUUCAAACGUUGGAAUCUGAGCUGUCUACUUUGAACGUCAAAUUCGCCGAGGCCCAAGAUAUGGAGACUAAGAUUGGUACUGAGGCCAAGGCGGCUGAGGCGCAGCAUGAGAGCAUGGUUGCCCUGCUCCGUGCCGAGAUCAACGAGUACAAGACUAUUAUGGAGAAACACGAUACCAAAGUUGCCGAGCUUGAACAAGCACAUAUUGCUACCAACGAUCAGCUCACGAGCGAAUUGCAAGCAAGAGAGCUAGCAGCAGCUGAGGCGAAUAGCCAUAAAGAGCUGAUCAGCCAGCUUGAAGCCAAAAUAGCCGAGCAUGAGGGUGCGCUGAAGUCACAUGAAAAGAACCUGCAGGAGCUUCACGCGGAACAUAGUCGUCAAAUCGAGGAUAUCCAUGCCAGUUCUAAGCAGGACUACGAUGCCCAACUCAAUAUCCUGAUGGCUGAGCAUGCGGAAAAUAUAAAACUGCUGGAGAGCGAUGCUGCCGAAGCUUGCGACGAGCUUGUAAAGGUGACGAAGCAAAUCUCCGAGGCCCUUGGUCUUGAGGUCACAGUCGAUACUCUUUCAGAGCGCAUUGAAGAAUUACUUGCUUACCAGAGCGAACUGCGGGUAGAGCAAGAACGAAGCGCUGAGAUCGAAAAUCAUGUUAACGAGCUAUCAACAAUCAACAACACGAUCAUGCGUGAUCUAGAAGCUGUUAAAUCAACGCUGAACGAUAUGCUACAUGUGGAUGGCAGUGACUUAAAGAGCCCCUACCCGUCUGUUCCUGAGCAAUUGGCCGCUCUUCGCAAGAAGAUGACUGAGCUCGACAAUAAGAACAAGAAACAGUCACGCAUAGUGGAAGAGCUUGAGGACCAGCUUCAAACCAACUUUGACCAGGCUCAAAUCACCAACAAUAGGCUGUCGAUCCUACAGACAGAACGUAACGCUCAAAUAGAGGAAGCGCAUGCCGCUAAGAUGAAGGCCGAAGCUGAUUUAGAUGCCAUCCGACAGGAGUUGAGUGUCCUACAGGCUCGUAUCGAAGAGACUGAUGCGCCAAAGCGCACCAAUUCGAUGACGUCCCAAAUGCGCAAAACUUCAUCCGUUGUGUCGCUCCCCUCACCGCCACCAGCAAUUCCGCUGCCGCCUCUGCCAGCAGGCGGUUCGACUUCUCCGGUUCCGCCUACGCCAACUGGUGGUAGACCAGCAAGCAACGAUCUUGCCAUGGCCCAGAUUCGAGAGGACCAGGAGGCCCGGAUCAAGAGUAUUGAAAGACAUUUGAACGCAGAGAGGCAGCUCACUGCUACACUAGAAGAAGCAUUGACAGACCUCGAAAACCAAUCCAAGAAAGUCAAGGCAGAUGCUGAGGCGUGGAAGAAACGGGCUCAAGAACUAGAGGUGGAGAACAAGGACCUCAAAGAAAAACCGCCACAAGAUCCCCGCUGGAGAGACAGUCUUCAUCAAAUCGAGGAAGAGCGCAAGAAGCGGCAAGAAUCUGAACGUGCUCGUGCUCAUCUGGAGGAACGCAUGAAUGCAAUCAACCAGAAGAAAAAGAAGAAGGGCAGCCUCAACUGCUUCUAGAUGUGGUCCAAACGUUUCGCACCGCCAAUGCUUCGUCACGACAGCGGGUCUUCUCCAGCUACUUGUGGUACACAUGUUUCAAUUCGAUCCACAAGUUACACUUACGACAGUGCGUAUGCUGAU